AUGUCAAAUUCAACAAUUGAAAUUGGAUCAGAUUCAAUCUUUUUACCACAUUAUAGAGGUAGAUUAACUGAAGGAGUCACUUAUGAUUACAGAAAUCAUUCAAUUUUAUGGGUUGAUAUAAUUCAAGGUCAAAUUAAUCGAGUUUUUCUUGAUAAUUUAUCAUUUAUUGAAUCUAUAAAAUGGGAUAAAAGUGGUGAAUCAAUUGGUGCAAUCACUUUAACAAAUGAUGAAAAUAUUUAUCUUGCAUGUUCAAAAUCUGGUUUAGCUUAUGCAAAUUUUAAAAUUAAAAAAUUGACAUAUUUUUUUAAAUAUCCUGAUUCAGAUUUUAGAUUAAGAUCAAAUGAUGGUAUAAUUGAUCCUUUUGGUAAUUUAUGGAUUGGGUUAAUGACUGAUUUUGAUUUAUCUGCAAAAGAAGGAGGUAUUAAGCCAGAAGGAAAAUUAUAUAGAAUUACACCAGAUUUAAAAAUUGAUUUAAUGAUUUCUGAUAGUUUAAUUUCAAAUGGUUUAGCUUUUAAUUCAAAGGGAACUGAGUUUUAUUGGACAGAUUCAUUAACUUAUACAAUUUGGAAAUUUGAUUAUGAUGUAAAAUCAAAUAAAUUAUCUAAUAAAAGGCCAUUUUUCCAAUCAAAAUUACAUUUUAAAGAAUUUGAAUCUCCUGAACCUGAUGGUUUAUGUAUUACAAAUGGUGAUGAAAUUUAUACUACUGUUUUCAGUACUUCAACUGUUGUUCAUUUAAGUAAAAAUGGUGAUAUUUUGGAAAAAUUUGAAAUUGAUGCUAAAAGAGUUACUUGUGUUACUAUUGGAGAUAAUUCUUUAUAUGUAACUACUGGUAACUUAAAAUUAGAUGAUUUUAAAGCUGAAAUUGAUUCAAAUGAUAAAUCAGGUGAUUUAGGUGGAUUUUUAUUCAAAAUUGAAACUGGGAAACCUUUAAAUGGUCAAAGAAAAGCAAUUUGGGGAGGUAAAGUGUAA